GCGUCGGAUCGGGAGUGAGUAGUGUCGUGCGCCUGCGCAUUCCGACACCAUGCUCGUCGGGAUACUGUUAAUGGCGGGCUUGGUUUCUGCGCGACAAUUUAACAUAACAGACUUUAUCAUACCUCAAGUGGUUCCGCCCGGUCAAGAAGAAAUUGAGAUUGAAUGCCGCUACGAUGCCAACUUCACGCUCUUGAGCUGGUUCAAAGGACCUAUCGAGUUCUUUAGGUACAAGCCUGGAGCGGCCCCGAGCACCAGAUCUUUUCCGAUACUCGGUGUUGGCAGGAUUGAGCUCAUCGCGUGUGGACCGACAGCCUGCAGACUAAAGCUUGGUGCUCUGACAGAAGAAGCAACAGGAUUGUAUAGGUGUGAUAUAGAAAGGGAUGUGCCCCCUUAUCAGUUUGAAUCGCGGACAGGAUUACUAGAAGUUCAUGGACACAAACAUAGGCGACCGUCACUUGAAGGAUUAGCUGAUGUUUUUGGUGAAGAAGACGAUAUGAAAGCGUAUUGCCGGGGUGCUCAAGAUGCGGAAAUACGUUGGUACAUAAAUGGUCGAGAGGUUGAUGAUGCAAGAGGUUCUCCGACUCUCAAGAGAAAGAGUUCGAGGCUUAUAUUCGUUGGGAUACCGCCGACUGUUACAGUUCAGUGUGCUGAGUACAGGUACGGGAAGUUGUCAGGCUCUAACCAGGAGAAGGCUCGUUGGAAGGAAAUGACAAAUGAUGUCCAGCAACCUGAAGAACAAAGAAAUACAGCACAUGGCAUUACAUUAAGUUACGGAACAUAUUUAGUGUAUCUAGUGUUGUGUGUAUAUGUUGCAAUGUAAUAGUGUUUAAAAUUGAGUUUUUCUUGAAGAUGUAGGCCGUAUCAGUUUCGUGUUCCUUUUCUACGUUUCACAAUGGAUAUAAAUAUUAUUUAUGUUUUAUGUUGAUAUUUUAUGAUUUUUAAUUGAUAAUAGUACACAAAAUAAAAUAUUUACUGAAGUU